UAUCGCAUCACAGGAAAAACUGAAACGGGCAGAAGGCACACUAGAAAAAUGAUUUCAUUAUUAUUUAAAGACUUAUUAUGAACGGUUUUGUUGCUCUUUUGUUUUAUUGUUUUGUAUAAUUUUUUAAAUACUGUUAGCAUCAAAUAUUAUUUGAAUAUUUUUCUUGACGCCUUUUUGAACGCUGGUGCGCCCUUAGGCGGUUGCCUAAAUCGCAAUUCCAGGUGGCCCACCUGGUAUUGCAGCGCAUCUCAUCAGAAGUGGACGGCUGGCAGAUGCCGCUGAAUGCAACUGAAUUACUUAUGUUGCAGAAAAUUGGUAUAUAUGAAGGCUUGGACUUGGUUUGGGUUUUAUCCAAUACCAGUUGUGUGUCACACCUUUUUACAGAACAAGUGAGCAGGUUAAAAAAAAAUACUCAGGCACCACAACGAUGCUGCGAAAUGUUCAUUUUUAUUUAUUCCGUUAACACCAAUUGCUUCGGAACCGGUACCAAUUUGAUACUUGGCUUUGGUACCCAACCCUCUAUAUAGAGGUGGCAUUGUUUUCUUGUAACUAAUCGAAAUCCUUUUAAAGUUGUAUCAAAGGCUUUCUGAUUGCUAUGGAGGUAGAUUCCUUGUUGUCAUGUGUUUGUUCUCAGUUGUUAUCUGUCAUGUGUUUGUUCUCAGUUGUUGUUCUUUAUGACAUGUUUGCAUUCUCAGUUCUUUAUAUGCAUGUAUUCUCAAUUCUUUAUGAUGCAGUAAGGAGUACACGUCUGUAUUUAAGGAUGCUGGUGCGUCUCAGCUUUGUCGGACGAUUGACUUGCUUACCGCUGUGUGUGCCCUCCCCUUCGUGCUUCUCCGGUAGUAUCUUACUUUCCUAAAUUCACGUACUGUUUGGCAUUCUUCCUUUACUUUUUAUUAAAUACAAACUUAUUUGCUAUUAUUAUUAUGUUAUUUGCUGUUCAUCACACUGGAAAGUUCUACCGAGGUAAUAGUAAGAGUGUGUGCAAAACAAACACCUGAGUCUAUCUGAUUGAUAACUUGUCUAUCUAAUAACUGAUUAGAAGAUGAUUUGUACAGGCCUCAAAGAAUUCAGAGUUGAAGCUGAGACGUCCGUAAAGGUCUGCUUUUGAGAGAUGAGAUUUCUUUUUUUUUUUUACCCUCUUUGUGGCACAAACUUCGUCAUUCAACGGUGGGUGGCGGCUGGCAUGUUGGGUGAUCUGACAAGCUCUGCCUUUAUUUCUAGAAGGUUCCAACGUUCCAAGUAAGCGUAAUAUCUUCAUUGACUGACAUUGGACAUGUUUACAUGCAAACUGCAAAUUGUGUCAUUUCACUACUCUCUCAGCUACUUUAAAUCCAGGCUAAUAACAAAAAAAAAAAAAAACACUUGUUUACUACAGUGUACUCCGAACAUAAGAGUUACCGAUGUACUCUGCUAUACUUACUUUCAAAAAGCAAUGUAUGACUUUUUUAUAAAAUAUUUUAUGUGUGCUUUUUUUUUUAUUUAUUUACUAUUGCAAAUAACUGUGUUUUGCUGCUGUUAAUGUCAAACGCUUUCUAUUACUUCUGUUAUGCAAUCAAAUUAGACUUACCUUGCCUUGCGGCAUUCCUGUGGGAUCUGGACCAUUUUCACAGUUUUGCAAGGCAGUAUGGAUCUUCAAUUGAAAGAAUACUUUGUUAAACAAUAAAAUUAAAAAAAAAAAAAAAACGAUAGAUCAUGUCCCAUGUCCCACCGGCGUACAAAACCCAGGACACGCUGGAGAGACUAUGUCUCUCGGCUGGACUGGGAACGCCUUGGGAUCCCGCCGGGAGAGCUGGUUGAAGUGGCUGGGGAGUGGGAAGUCUGGGCUUCCCUGCUAAAACUACUGCCCCCGCGACCCGAUCUCGGAUCAAGCGGAUGAUGGUGGUGUGGUGUGGUGUGGUAUGGUAAAACGAUAUAUCAAUCAUCACAGUAAAGUUGGCAUUGCUUUAUGUCCUCAUACUUAAGAAACAUUUUUUUCUAAUUGAGAAAAUGCAACUGCAGAGAAGGUUUAAGGGGAGAGGCAGAGACAAUGAACAGAGGGAAUAGGAGCACAGAUUCAUCAGUGAAUAUUUGUAUAAACUCCCUGAUAAUAGAGAUCGUAACAAAAUCAUCAAUCUCAUCAACUGAGGGGACACCCUGUGAGGAAGACGGACACUAGCUAGUAGAUAGGGCAUGAAAAGGGGCAGCAGGAAAUUUAAGGGUAUGGCAAGUUGGGGUGAGUGUUAGCAGUGCAUUUGAUGUGAGGUAGGAGCCCAUAUUAUGAGGAUUAGUCAAUUGUUCUAUUUUUUUACAAAAAAAAAUGAAAGGAAUUGCUGCACAGGGACAGAGCUUGUCAAUGAGGAACCAUCCAUGGCUCUGUAAACAGAGCGAUACUCCAAGGAAACGCCUCAACCAUACCCCAAUAGAACUGUGGUGGGACCACACCAUUGCCCCCCAGUCCAGUCCGCGCAUCCCUACUCAGGGACACGCAGGGACCCCUCGCACCAUUGAGUCCCAACGCUGCAGUGGUCCCCAAACAGUCACCCAACACCCCUUGGCAGGUGUGAGCCACAGAUUGACCACAGUCAGGCCUGUACGAGGCCCCUCAGAAAGAGGAGGCGCUGGCGGGCUGCAAGGGCAGAGCGUAGGCCAUCACAGGAUCAAGAGAGGUCUUACGCAUUCUCUUCUUUUUACCUCUGCAUCCAGUCAAUAGCACUUUUUUCAGCGUCCUGCUACUGCUUGUACAAUGUCUAAAAGUGCAGGAGUCCAACGCAGAGUAACUCUGCAAAUCUUUCAACCAAUUUUCAGCAUUUGUUCUCUUUUCAAAAACCAGUACUGUACACAACAAUUCACCAUGUACUCAUAGAUUUUCCCCACAAAAAUGGCAGACAACAGUUAUGGUUCACUGGUGCACUCAUUUUACUUCAUGCCAUGACUGUAUGUGAACUACAACACUAGAACUUUGAGAGUGUCAGUCGCGUUGUGUGUGCAUCACAUCCAUACGUCUGUAGCUGGUUCAUUCAGAUUUGGUCCUUGCUUUUUAGCCCUACCUCUGGCUUCGAUUUUGAAAUCCAGCCAAAACAGCAGAAACCAGGCUGGCUAUCUUGUACAUGGUGAAAGUCAAAGUCAGGCUGGCCCAGUGGUGGAGUAUUUCCUCGUGGCAUUCCUGUAAGCUCUGUCACACGACCGAAACCUAUGCAUGCUAGCAUAGCAUGUACAUUAAAGACUACCAUGAGAAACAAUGCAACAACAAAUGGUUGAAUCAAUCAUCAUGAUAGUCACACACAGCCGUGGUGUCUUCCUAAUUAAAUCUUAAAAUGUAUAUUAUAAAAAUUGUUUUUUCUCAACAAAACACAACUACGAAUGUAUGUCUGUAAAUUAACUUUUUCAUUCAUUUAAAAAUGUAUAUUAGUAUGUUUUUUGAGAGUUACAUUUACGCCAUUACCAAAAAAAAAAACAAAAAAAAACCUUACAAUAUGCGUUUCACACCACUUUUUUAAUAACCCAAAAAUAUUGGGAAGAAUUUUUUUUUUUUUUUUUAAUAAAGAUCUUAAAACUGCUCUCAUACUGCACUUUUUUAGACAUUUAGGGGCUGUUUACACGGUGACUCUCCGAGAAGACGAAAAAUUUCAAAGGUGCAUCUACAUGGUUUCGUUUCCAUUCGAACAAUGUGCAAUUCCGCAUGAAAACGAUGUAGUAUUCAUGCCAGGCCCUAGGGGGCAGUGCAGAUUUACAAGGUGACAGCGAAUGAUGCACUUUGACCUCACGGGGCUCCUCAGCCCGGAAGAAAACAUGCCCGCCCAUUCGAAGCAGUGGCAUUUUCCUUUUGCUCCAAAAGGCACAAAAAUGGAAACAUUCAAAAUAUUUCAAUGUAAAAAUAUUAUUGAAACAGUAAAUUAAAGCCGGCGUUCCGCAAUUUGCAGUUUUUAAUGUUAAAUAGCACCGCUGCACACGCCCAAUGUGACGUGUACGAGUGCUGACGUUAUCCUCGCGGGUCCGGCGUGGCAGUAGCCUUUGAUAUGCAUGCGAAGCAAGCCCCCCUCAUUCCCCCGCAAUCGAAUUCUUCCACUUUCGAGGCAGGAUUCAGAAUUUUGCGUCUUCGCCUUCUGUCUUCGCCGACACCAUAUGCACGCGAGGCGAGUCCGCAACUCAGUCAUUGCGUCUUUGUGUCGCAGAGUCGCCAUGUAAACUGCCCCUUAAUCACAAUUUAGAAUUGAUAGAUUAUUAUGAAAAUAUACUUUCCCUUUUUUCCCACCGUUUUCAAGGUUUUUCUUUAGGUUUAAAAAGUUACUUUGAUUUAAAUUUUUUAUAUUAAUAUAAAAAUAUAUAUUUUACACAUUUUACAUAUUUUCCACACUGUAUUAUUUUUCAUUAAGAAAUAAGUAUUUUCUCCUCGUAAAAACAUAUAAGUGUGGCUUUCAAAUUUCACAUAUUACUCCCGCUCUACAGUAAUGGUACACUUAUGAAAAAAUUGUACGCUUCUUCUUAAAGGUGGGUAAGGGAUUUUAGUGGUAGUUUAAACAUCAUGAGCCAAUACUUCAUGUUGAAAAUGACAGAUGAUUCAUAACGGUACCCCCAACAAGUUCAUCCGCAGUGAAUGUUGUUUGAAAGGGUUUGUAGUCAAACAGCAAAACCGAAUAUUAACAUGACCAACUGUUGAACCAAGUCGAACAGUUUGUCUCUUUGCAGAUACAGAGGGAUCACUAUACGCUAGCAUAGGGUAGUCUAGAAUACAGAGGUUGCUGAGUUUUAAAAAAUGUUAUUAAAAAAAAAAAAGGGGGGGGGGGUGCUCGAAAGUAUCAUUGCAAGUAUUUGACUUUCCAGUAUAUGAAUUUUAAAAUUAACACUUUGCCGGUAAAAUGUUGUCUAUAAAAGUUGUAAAGCAAUAAAACAAACAACAAAAAUGAAUGAAAUGGGGAAACAAAAUUUUUAUAAUGGGUCAAAAUUAUCAAACAGAUCAUUUGACUAGCACCUUAGAAACAGUAAUUUGCUUUGCUUAGCCAAAACCACUUGAGGACAGAAGAAACAAGAUGGAUAUACGCUUUUUUUUUUUUUUUUCAAACAUAGCUUUCAAAAGCGACAACAACUACUGAGUAAGAACCAACGAUUGAAGAUGUGGACAAUGAAACGCCAGAGAGCGCCGCCAGAAUGAUGAGUGGAGUUUCAGUUUGUCCCUCUAUAGAUGCAAAUUGUACAACAGAGCCACCACCAGGCGUACCAUAUUCAAUGGAAGACGUCCUUGGCCAAAAGCAUAGCUGUCCUAACUAACCUGAUUUAAAUUCCCCUAAAAAAUAAUGGGGAAAAAAAAACCCCGCUCAUUUUCACUGUAUGAUUAUAAAUAUCCCUGGCUGGAAUAUUAAGUCAAAAAGGAUGCCGUCUCCUGUUUUGCCUGCCGCCAUUUUCAAACUCACCACGGUGAGUGAGGAUUCAUUUCGCACAUGCAUGCACACCCACACAGACAUAGCUGGGAUGCCUGUACAAGUAGGAGUGGGAACCUCAGGGUACCUCACGAUAUGAUAUGAUUCACAAUACUAGGCUCACGAUGACGAGUAUCUCACGAUAUCGCGAUACAGCGAUUGUAUUUUGGUCAGAAAAUUGAUUUAUAAUAUUCCACGAUACAACUGUUGAAAUAAAAAACUAGGUAUUUCAAAAUAGAAAAAAAUGCUGUUUGUCAUUUAUUAAACAGUAACACCUUUUCUGUGCAAUAUUGCUGUAAAAUAUAAAUCUACUGCAAAUUUUGUACCUGCACAUGUAGAAGGAACAAACCACAACCACUGAUAUCGCUUGGAGGUAUCAUGAUGAAUGGCACCCUUCAUUUCUUUAAAAUUGAAAAUUUUCUUUUAAUCUUUUUUAAAAAUUUAACAGUACUGUAGGUGUCAUUCAGCAGUUGAGCUUGGAGUGGGGCAAUGAUAGAAUUGGUGGGUCUCUUUUCUUCGUAUAUGACCUUUGUUGCCACAAGCAUUGGUUUGAGUACCUUCACCACCUGCUUCAGCAUUUCAGAUGUCGGACUCAGUCAGUCACAUUCUUCCUCACCUUAAAAACAACAAAAUAAAACAAUAAAAUAUUAGCUACUUAAUAACUUUUAAGUGGAAAUCCUGAUUUUUUUGUGUGUUGGCAGUAUUGAGUGAAUUAAAAAAAAACAUGAAUUCAAUGUAUAGAAAUUAAAAAUGCAAUAAAUUACUAAUUUUUAAUAUGUAGGCUACAUCAAUUAACAUGCACAUCACCUUAUAUAUCUUGGAAGUUAUUCAAACCAUUUUUAUAGCUUAUUGUAUAAAAAUGGCAGUAAUAACACUUUGUGUAGUAAAUUAGAUGGAAAGUGGUUCUCAAUUUCAAAUAAAUCAGUAAAUUAAUGUGACUUGUUUGAUAUUCAUUUCCAUCCAAUUUAGGGUCCUGGUUUAUUUUUUAUCACUCAACACCAAAUGUCAUCAAAUAUUACAUGUAAAUUAAAAACUCAAUUACAUUGCAAAACUUUCUUACCCCAGGUGAUGAAAGCAAAGCAGUGAUGGCAGUAAAGAAAUCCGGUGGCCACCAGCUGCAGGUGGCCAUGCAUAAUUAUUGUUUUUUCAGCUUAAGGGUAUGUUUAUUACAGUGCCCUCCAUAAUUAUUGGCACCCCUGAAAAAUAUAUGUGUUUUUUAGCUUCUAAUAAUUUUUUAAAAAUUCAAAUAAUAUGGGACCUUAAUGGGAAAAAAAGGGGGAAAAUCCAACCUUCAAUACAAGUGCAUUCAUUCAGUGGUGAAAAAAUCCCACAUAAAGAAAAAAUUAUUUGACAUCAAAUAAUGUGUGUCACAAUUAUUAGCACUCCUGGUGUUAAUACAUUGUACAACCCCCUUUUGCCAACAAAACAAGGUCUGGGGACUGAGAUGGCCAUGGGAGGAGCUUGAUUUUGUGUCUGGUGAACCAUUUCUGUGUAGAUUUGGCCAUAUGUUUAGGGUCAUUGUUUUUCUGAAAGACCCAGUGACGACCCAUCUUCAGCUUUCGGGCAGAGGGCAACAGAUUUUGAUUUGAAAUGUCCUGAUACUUCAAAGCAUUCAUGAUGCCAUGCACCCUAACAAGGUUCCCAGGGCCUUUGGAAGCGAAAUAGCCCCACAACAUCACUGACCCACCCCCAUACUUCACAGUGGGUAUGAGGUGCUUUUCAGCAUGCGUAUCUUUCGUGGCACGCCAGACCCACUUAGUGUUUGUUGCCAAAAAGCUCAAUCUUGGUCUCAUCUGACCAAAGUACACACGGUCCCAGUUGAGGCCUGGGACCGUGUGUAUUUUUUGUAUAUUUCAUUUUUUUCAUCCCUCUUGUAGCUUUCUCUCUUCUUCUCUAGACGACUUGCAUGCACUUUACCUUCACUGCCACUCUUGAGCGGCCCUAGUGGACCGCCAAGGAAUUGCUCUACAUACAUUGAAUAAGCAGUUUACAACAACCAUACUACGUUGUAUGCUCAAUAAGUCAAAUAAAAGUAUCGAUUCUUGGCGGGAUCAUAUCGAUAACCAAUCGUGUUGCAAAAUAUCGCGAUAUAUUGCCGUAUCGAGAUAUUGUUCCACUCUUAUUUACGAGCAUGGGCUAAGCUACUAACCGAGUAUAUAUCUUGUAAGUUAAUUCAAUUGCUGACUUCACAUUUUGGGAUCAUCAAAACGUUUCCCCCAUGCCACAAAAGUCAAACUAUGGUUACAGAGCUAUGAGAGCACCGAAAGUUGGAUGAGAUGAUGAAAGUGUCAUGAGAGUUAGAGGAUAGCUGAGGCGAGAAGGCACUUAAAGCCAUGGAGUGACUUGCUGCUUGUCAGCAUAGUGAACAGAGAGGGUGGUGCCGGUUUUGUAGAAAAGACAAAGCCAAGCAGGCGGUUGAUGGGAAGAACCUCCCAUUUGCAUUCAAUGUGGGCCAAGUGGAAGAAGACUCUCAGUGUCCACAGUAGAGAGGGCUUAUGAUCGACUCAUGGGCCGCAUCCCAUAUCAUGACAAACAUCAUUAAGUUCAGAUCUCGAUGAAAAUCACAUUUCCCAAAAGCACAUCUUGGAGUUGGCUGAUGGGAAGAGGACGAGUUGCAUUGCACCGAGGGGUGUGGCCAACGUAAAAAUGAGAGGCAACUGGGUGCAAUGGCAAUAAAGACAUUUUAUUCAAAAGGAUGUGUCGUGGACAUGAUGCUGGUGGGGCACUGUAUGUCUCCUCAUAUUGCGAAGACAUGUUUUCUGUCAAGGAGGUAUAGAACAAGUAUGAUAUUUGAGAUUCAAGUGUAUGAUGGGAUAUAUUAUUUAAAGACUGCUGAGCCUAUAGAUGAAGAAUGAUGAUGGAUGUCAUGGGUGGUAUAUUCUAUAUACAGUAUGUAACAUAACAAACAUCUCACCCCUUCUUGCUCUUUUUCUGUCCUCGGUCUCACGCUAUCUCACCACAUAACCCUCCAUCUGCUUCAGAAAUCACUGUGUAUUUGAAGUCCAGGAUCCAUAUUCCAGUCACAGUUUAGCUCCAACCUAGCAGAGGGAACCACCAGCGGCAAAUGUGUGUAUUGCUUGCCUCUCCUCUCUCUUGCUGCACCGCCACUCUGACGUGCUGCAGUGGAUGCUCCUAACAGUGCGCUCACAACUCAUCGCAGUGGCGGUCACAGCAUCUCACUGACAUUUAACCGCCGUUCUAGCCUGGGUGGCUUUUCUGCUACCACUUAUGAUCAAUAAAUUUAAAGGCAAGCCAUAGGGAAGACUGCAUGCACACAGAGUGCUCAGGAAGUCUAUCAUUCAGUGCACCUUGCACAUAACUGUGAUUUUCUGCUGCCUUUGGUGACAAAACAGCUUAUGCUCUCAGAUGCCACCUGCUUGUAGACACUUUGCCAGAUCAGCAUUACUCAUGGUCAACCGCACAAUACUUCAAUGAAGGACGCAACUCCCCUCCACGCAAAAACAUGAAGGGUCUCUCUGGUGGCCGUCCCGCCCACCUCCAGCUCACCUCUCCCACCUCUGGCCACACAUGCGGCUUUGUAGAUGUUGACCAUUCCUUUGAGCGUCAUCUCCACCAUGGAGAUUCACGGCCCCCAUCCUACCUCCUCAGCCCCACUGAGAGCUGUCCUAUUGAAGGCCGCCAUCGCUUCUCCCCGAGGAGUUCCAUCCACUCGGAAUGCAUGGGGAUACCAGUGUCCAUGGCAUCUACAGACCACUCUGUCUCAUGUAGCACUUUUCCACGCAUGCAUUACGGAAGUGCUUCACGGGAAGGCGGAGGCAACAGCUCUGGCGGCAGGGACGACGGACGCUCUUCUUCGCAUGGUGGCAGCGGCAAAAUGAACCGGAUCCCAGCAAAUCUGCUCGACCAAUUUGAGAAACAGAUGCCGCUUCACCGGGAUGGCUUCCACACAUUGCAGUACCAACGCACAUCCACCACGACAACAACUACUGAGCAACGCAAUGAAAGCCCCGGGAGGAUACGCCACUUAGUUCACUCUGUGCAAAAGCUCUUCACAAAGUCACACUCUUUGGAAGGCUCCUCUAAGAUGAACGGUACCAAAAGCGAUUCGCAUAGAGACGGCUCGCACCAUCACCACCAUCACCAAGGCCACCACAAACACAACAAGCGGAGCAAAAGCAAAGAUCGCAAAGGUGACGGAAGCGGCAGGCAACGUUCUGGAGGUUGGUGGAGUUCAGACGACAACCUGGACAGUGACAGUACAUACCGACCAGCGAGUGUCAUGUCACGACACCCCGUGGACCAAAUCGGUCACUGCUACCCUGAUUCAGUGCACAGCCACUUAGCAGGAGAUCUGUCGCUAAAGACAUCCAAAAGUAACAAUGAUGUAAAGUGUUCAGCGUGUGAGAGCAUAGGCAUGGCACCAGAAGGCAAGUUCAUGAAGAGGAGCUCUUGGUCCACGUUAACAGUCAGCCAAGCCAAGGAGGCCUACAGGAAGUCUUCACUUAAUCUAGAGAAACCCAUGACACCAACGGACCUCAAGCCCAACCUCAGGCCGUGUCACUAUCUUCAGGUGCCCCAGGAUGAGUGGGGGGGCUAUCCCGGAGGCGAGAAGGAUGACGAGAUCCCUUGUCGUCGGAUGCGGAGCAGCAGUUACGUCAAAGCUAUGGGGGACGAAGAGAGUGGCGAGUCGGAUUCCAGCCCCAAGACAUCUCCCCAGAAGUCUGUGCGGCCAGACGCACUUGUAAAGGCCAUCAUCAGACCAAGAGAGCUGUUGGACUCUCAAAGCUCUUAUCGCCUGGAUAAAAUCAACAGUGACAUGCGUAACUACAUCACCAAUUUUGCUGCAGACUUAAGUCAGAGCUACCACUUGCAAACAGCCAUGCACCCGAGCAUUGGCCUGGACCCCUCCGCACACUACAACUCCCCCAAGUUUCGAUCGAGAAACCAGAGCUACAUGCGGGCAGUCAGCACCCUCAGUCAGGCCAGCUGUGUUAGCCAAGUCAGCCAGGUGAGCGAAACGGAGAUUAAUGGCCAGUUUGAAUCAGUCUGUGAGUCUGUGUUCAGCGAGGUAGAAUCUCAGGCCAUGGAUGCAUUGGAUUUACCUGGCUGUUUUCGAACCCGGAGCCACAGCUAUCUGCGGGCUAUCCAAGCUGGAUACUCUCAAGAUGAUGAGUGCAUCCCUCCUAUGGCCUCAACUGUCACCUCCACCAUUAGAUCCACCACAGGCAUCCAGUUCUGCCUCCCUUCCAACUUCAGCGGUGUUGACCAGACCCCUCAAUAUCCCCCAGCCAUCACCUACACACCAAGCUACAAGAAGCCCCCUCCACCCGUCCCACCCCGAACGACUUCCAAACCCCUCAUUUCCAUCACAGCCCAAAGCAGCACAGAGUCCACCCAGGAUGCCUACCACGAGGGGCGACACCUCCACGGCGGGAUGUGGGGCCCUGAUGGCCUAACCCUGGGCCUGAGCCCCGGCAGGGCCCUCUAUAACUCAGUCGACAGCCUGGAUAGCGCCAAGGCCGUGACUAUAGCCAUGGAAGCAGCAGGGGUCAUGGCUGGAAAAAGACACCCGUCGACAGACAGCCACAGCUCAGUACUUACAUGUGACAAGGCCAUCCUUGUUUCUAAGGCUGAGGAGUACCUGAAGACACCUCGAUCCUCCAUAGGAAUACAGGUGGAGGCUGCAACAGACUCGGAAUCUGAAAGCAAAGGCUCCAGGGAAUACCAUUCUGUUGGGAUCCAGGUAGAGGAUGACAAGAAAGGACAAGGCCGGUUCAAGCGCUCAAACAGUGUGACUACAGCCGUGCAGGCUGACCUGGAGUUGGAGGGCUUCCCAACCAUGGAGGACAAAGGCCUGCAGUUCGGUGGGGGCUUCCAGCGUCAUUCAGAGCCCAGCACACCCACCCAGUAUGGCGCCGUGCGAACAGUACGCACCCAAGGGCUCUUCAGUUACCGUGAGGACUACCGGACCCCAGCUGAGCCCCCUAGUCCCAGAGAGACCACAAGUGAGCCCACGUGGCAGUUGGAACCCCCCUCCUCUCAAGAGAACGCAGUCACAUCUGGUGAGUCGGGUCGUAGCUCACCUUCUCUAAGGAGAGACGGGAGCUGGUUCAUGCAGCUGCUGCACACCGAGACCAAGAGGAUAGAGAGUUGGUGUAAAGAGAUGGAGGCAGAAGCUGAAGAAAACGACUUGUCAGAGGAGAUCUUGGGGAAAAUCCGAAGUGCUGUAGGGAGCGCUCAGCUGCUAAUGUCACAGAAAUUCCAGCAGUUCUAUUGGCUUUGUCAGCAAAAUCUAGACCCCAGCGCCAUGCCGCGGCCUACCUCACAGGACCUGGCAGGCUUCUGGGACCUGCUACAGCUCUCUGUUGAUGACGUCACCUUGAAAUUUGACCAGUUGCAACAGAUCAAGAGCAACAACUGGAGGCCAGUGGAUAGCCCAGAGAAGAAGCCUCCAGCGCCAUUACCAAAGAAGACAAGUCGACAGAAGAGUCUGGUGACAAGGGAGAAAUCCUUGGACCUCCCUGACAGGCACCGGCAAGAGGCUCGUCAACGUCUCAUGGCAGCCAAGCGGGCGGCCUCCUUUCGGCAGAACUCUGCCUCAGAACGAGCGGACAGCAUCGAGAUCUAUAUUCCCGAGGCACAGACUCGACUUUGAGAAGUUAGGUUUAGGGGAGACUUGUCUCCCUCCUCAGCUAGCCUUCUUUUCUAGACUUCUAUUCUCGCCUCCUUUAUUUAUGUACACGAUAUCUUAAAGCCAUCCUCAGAGCCCCUCGCCAACGCCAUCGGCCUGUAGGAUGUGCCUCUCGUCCUGAAGUUAUCGGACACGGGUUGACUAGUUGUCUCACUGGUGUUUCGGUUACCAAACUCUCAUCCGACAUAUUGCAUGUUCGUUUUUUUCUGUGUUUUUCCAACAUUUGCAAAGUGCCAUUUUAUAAAUGUAGCUUUGACAAGCCUAUUAGCAACCAGGCCUUUGUGCUACAAAAGAAGACUUGUUUCAAACAAAUUAAGGAAAUUUCCAACUCUUUGAAUUUUUCAGUAACUAAUUUUCCAAACUUAAUGUGAAUUGUGAAAAGUGCCAAUGUUUGAAAUACCUCAAUCAAGAGACUGGGCCAUGUUGGAAAUGCACAUUUUAAACACCUCUUCCAUCUGCUGUUCCUGUUGCUAACUAUCAAAUAUUGGCAUUGACUUGAAACUAAAAAUAUUGUGCCAACAUUUUUGCAUAACAUCAAUGCAGUAGUGGGGAUAAAAAAAAAACUGUGUGUGCGUGUGUAUCCUUAGAUCAAAACCUGUGGACUGCACUAAUGCACUUAUUACAAUUGAGUUUAUGAAGGGAAUUGUACUGUACACAACUGAAGUUAACAACUGUGUUUGUUUUGUUUUUAUUUUCUCAUUAUGAGACAAUAGAUUUUGUGUAAUGUUCCACCACAUCCAUAGCUCACAUCCCCUCUAAAUAUACAGUGAAUUUCAUUCACAACAUAAAAAUGGCUUUAACACACACGAAACCAGAUUUAAUUAGUUUUAACACAAUCCACAGUGCUGAGCUCAUCAUUUUCUGAGCUCAUCAUGUUCAGCUAUUGUACAACUGAGUAUGUCAUGUUAGAGAAAAUGACUGGUGUGUUGUCCUUUUAGUAGUUUGAUUCAUUUUCCAUCUUAGAUGCUCCACCAUGUCAAGAGAUAUAUAGAGCAUAUCUUUGCGCACACGAUGAAAGGUUGUGGUUGCCAGGUUGUUGACAAAAAAUCCAGAGGUGGGUAGUAACAUAUAGUCUUUCUUCUUGUUCUUCAAAGUAUAAUAAUAACAGUUCAUAUAGAUAACUUUGUGCUGAGAAAAAAAAUAACAUUGUUUAAAAAAAAAAUAAGACAUCGUAAGCAGUUACUCAUAAUAUUAAUCAUUACUUGAGUAUUGUUUUCACCAUCUUUAACACUACUCCUACUUGAGUAACAUUUUUGGCUACUCGACCCACCUCUGCAAAUAUCCAACAUAGUACGUAUAUUUAUAUUCUCUUGAUAAUUAGUUACUUUUACAUGCUCUAUCAUCUUUUCAAGUUUGCAUGUUAGAACAUAAAACCUCACAUUUGAAUGAUAUUUCACUCAAAGGUACUAUAGAGGGAAAAUUAGUUAUGAGACUUAUUUAAGCAAAAGGUUCACCGACACAAAAAAAAAAUCAAUAAAAUGCAAUAUUAGAAUUUGCCCAAAACAAUCAUGCUCAAUUUGACUGACACUGUCGAAGAACUUGUGUAACAGUGUGGUGGUGGUUAUUGUUGUUUCAAUAGAAAUUUACUGUAUCAAACUGAGAUGUACUAAAUCAGUUUGCCCCAUUACAUAGCUAAAUAAGCCAAACAACAACAAAAAACACACACUUUAGUAUUCUGCAUUGCCCUUAAAUAAGGCAGUGGUAUGAAAAAGUAUCUGAACCUUUUGGAAUUUUUUCACAUUUCUGCAUAAAAUCACAAUCAAAUGUGAUCUGAUCCUUGUCAAAAUCACACAGAUGAAAAUACAGUGUCUGUUUUACCUAAAACCACCCAAACAUUUAUUGGUUUCAUAUUUUAAUGAGGAUAGCAUGCAAACAAUGACAGAAGGCGAAAAAAUAAGUAAGUGAACCCUCUGCCUAAGGAGAGUUAAAGAGCAAUUGAAACCAAUUUUUACCAAACAUUUUAAGUCAGGUGUGUGCCUAAUCACUGAUAAGUGGUUUAAAGCUACGCUGCCCACUAUAAAACCCACCUGGUAAGAAUGGUCUUGAUGAGAAGCAUUGUCUGAUGUGCAUCAUGGCUCGGCCAGAAGAGCUGUCUGAAGACCAGCGAUCAAGGAUUGUUGAUUAGUAUAAAGCUGGGAAAGGAUACAAAACCAUCUCUAAAAGUCUGGAUGUUUAUCAAUCGACAGUCAGAAAAGUUGUCUACAAAUGGAGAGAGUUUGGCACUGUUGCUUCUCUCCCAGGGAGUGGCUGUCCACCGAAGGUAACGCCAAGAGCUCAGCGCAGAAUACUCAGAGGUAAAAAAAAUAAUCCUAGCGUGUCUGCUAAAGACUUACAGAAAUCACUGGCACAGUCCAAUAUCUCUGUGCACAAAUCAACUAUGUGUAUAACCAUGGCCAAGAAUGGUGUUCAAGAAGCCACUGCAGUCUUAAAAAAAAAAAAAAUGUUGCUCGUAUAAUGUUCGCAAAAAGGCACUUGGACACUCCACAGAAGUUUUGGCAAAAAGUUUUGUGGACUAAUAAAACCAAAGUUAAAUUGUUUGGGAGUAACACACAACGUCAUGUGUGGAGGAAAAAACGGAACAGCUCACCAACAUCAACACCUUAUCCCCACCGUGAAGCAUGGUGGAGGGAGGAUGAUGAUUUUGGGAUGUUUUACUGCCUCAGGGCCUCGACAACUUGCAAUCAUUAAUGGAAGAAUGAAUUCAAAAGUUUAUCAGGAUGUUUUGCAGGAAAACCUGAUGCCGUCUGUCAGACAGAUGAAGCUAAAAAGAGGAGCGAUGCUGCAACAAGACCAAAUACAGAAGUAAAUCAACUUCAGAAUGGUUUCAGAAGAACAAAAUACAUGUUCUGGAGUAGCCAAGUCAAAAUCCAGACUUGAACCCCAUUGAGGUGCUGUGGCAUGAUCUAAACACAACGAUUAAUGCCAGAGAUCCCAGGAAUCUGACUGAACUACAGCAGUUUUGUAGAGAGGUAUGGGCUAAGAUUUGUCCUGAUCCAUGUCCCAGACUGAUCUGCAGCUACAGGAAGCGUCUGGUUGAAGUUAUUGCUGCCAAAGGGGGGCCACAAAAUAUUAAAUAUGAUGGUUCAAUUACUUAUUCCCCCCCCCCUGUCAUUGUUUGCAUACUAGCCUCAUUAAAAUUUGAAAACCUAUAAAUGUCUUGGUGGUUUUAGAUAACUUUUUUCAUCUGUGUGAUUUACCAAAGAUCAGAUCACUUUUGAUGGUGAUUUUAUGCAGAAAUGUGAGAAAUUCCAAAAGGUUCAGAUACUUUUUCAUACCACUGUAAGCAUAUUAUCGCAUCAAUACAUCUGACAGCUUCAGUCAAACUGACAUAGUCUUUGUUCAGGCUUUUGGUGUUGAUCUUCAAAUGUGGUAGUACUUCUCCACCUUUCUGGACAUGUCCAAUGAGAAUAACUAUAACUUCUCAUCCACAAAACUUGCAAAGUUUCUGAUGAUGUAUCAUGGGCUAUACACGUAAGAAAAUAGCAGGGGUACACAUUUUGGUUUAUUUGAGCGCUGCUGUGCUGACGGAGGCAAAAAGAAGGUGAAUAUGAGGUCAGUGUCUGUGUUGACUUUAUUUCACUCCCACUACCCUCCAGUGACUGUCGCACAUCCCACACGCGACGCACAUUAUGCAUCAGCGCUUCCUUGAAACUGAGAUAAGGACUUUUAUGAAAUAUAACCCACAUACACACCAGCCACAAUACAUUAGGUACAUAUACACAGACUAAUGUGAUUCAGUACUGUACUGCAUAGGCGUACAAGCAGUGUGAAUUUUGGUUUUGCAUCCCUGUAAACUAGAAUAUAAAUGAUAGAGGCCUACUUUAUUGGUAAGAAUACCACUCUUUUUUUUCUCUUUUUUUUUUUUAAAUAUCAACAUUAAAGAAUUAUUAUUAAUGUUGGCACCGAUACUGCAGUAAAAUGACAUCGGUAUCUAGGAGUACAGUACUAAGAAAUAACGUUCCGAUGCCGUGUAAUAUGUACUUUUCAAGAUCUAGUUUCCAAAGACAGCCGCCAGCUACGUACAGAGUCACAAAAAAGGGAGCACUUGUCGCCCUUCCCAAGGUGAUAACCAAUUGUGUUCAUCACUAGUAGCCGUCCAAUCAAUUUCCCUCCCACCUUAAACUGAUUGGAUGUCUAGCGCUGUCAAUAACAACCAAUAGGUUAAAAAAUGAAAUCUGUUCUUCCUCUGGCCAAAAUGCACCCUCCCAUCAAUUAGUCUAUCAAUACUAGAUGGCCAAUCCAUUUAAACAGGAGGAAUGUUAACUCCUUCCACUUAAAAUGGAUCGGACGUCAAGUGCUGUCAAUAGCAAACAUUGACUUGAGCAGUGUCUGACCAAGAUAGCAAUGACUUUUCAGUCAAGUGAGUAUGAAGUAAUUUAGUAUUAUUAUUUAUUUUUUUAUAUGUGGUAUCGAUAGAGUAUCUGUAUCAAUUGAUACCACACAGUCGGGUGUUGGAAUCGUGUGUCAAGAGCCAAAAAUUGUAUCACUAGUAACACUAGUUCAAACCAGAUACGUGAAACAUAUCUACUCAUCACUUGAAAGACUGUUAAAACAGUUUGACAGAGCGAGCGUGCUGACGUGAUAUGGACCAUUUGGCAGAAGCUGAGAUUUCCCUGCUGUUCGCGCCGAGGCAGGCAGACGGGAGAGAGACAGACCCGGCCUGACAUGUGCUGGCUUAGAGGAGAUGUGAGCUCCACGUCGGGGCCCCAAACUGCUGGCGUUAUGUGCCGUUGUGUAGCUGCGGGGCUGUGUUAUGUGAGGAUCUCUGUUCGCUGUGCUGCGUAUUUUCAGUCUGCUUUUCACUAGGCAAAGCAGCUUAUGUAAGAUUGUGGGUCCUUGGUGAGAUCAAACAAACAGCCUCAUAGGGCCCUCCAAAAGCUGGUGUUGAUGAAUGCAUUGCUAAAUCUUGGCCUUCGCUGUUGACCUCUAUUGUGAUUUUUAUUUUCCUUUCUAUGGUUGGAAAUAGUGCAGAACUUGCCAGAUUUGAGCACGUGGCGGUUUGAUGGAAGUUAACAUGGUGGUCAUGUGACGCAGGGAGAAGUGGAAAAGAUCCCCCUUGGCAGGAAGUCACUGGAGUGAUGAUGAAUUAAUAGCAAGUCAGCCACCGUAGCCUUGCAGAAACACCAGGGGCAGAAAUUAUAGUGUCGCAUUAAAAUACCGUGAGGGCAGCAAUCUGCUACAAGUGCCAUCUUUUUUCACUUAUCCAACACACUGUAAAAAUGUUACUUAGCCACACUUUUAGCAGUUUUCCAUUAACAAAUCAACUCUGCUACAUUAACGCAUCCGCCAUACUAUUUUCAAUAUUUCAUCAGCAGCCUCACCAUUACCACUGGAUUGUUCCGCUUGAAACCCAAGAACCAAAUGUGAGAUAUACGUAUGAAGGGACAUUUUAUAUAUAAAACGUCAGAACAGAAACUUCAAGAUUUCCUUGAAUUUGUGAAAUAAAUCUAUGAUUACAAUUCAAAAUGUGCGUGUUGGGGGGUAGUUGUUUAGAGAAAGCUAUUUUCAUCUUAUGUAUAUCAUGACUAUAGUAGGGAUGAAUAUAAUGCCAAAUGUUCAUUAUUUGUAAAGAAAUAUAUAUAUACAUAGAGAUAUAUAGUAUAUAAUAAGCUUCACUGAAACAUGACUAUUUUCUGUUAUUGCUUAUGUUCUAUUGUUUUUUUUCCCGUGAGUAUUUUUUUAAACUAAUGUGAUGGCAUGCAUACUGAUUCUGAAUGUAAACUAUUUUAUACUAUUUAUUUCUUUUUUAUUUUAUUUAUUUAAGUCCACAUACAGAUGUAGCCUACAUUUGUUUUAUUUUGAUCAAAUGUUUCAUUUAAUAUAUGUAUUUCUUAAUUUGAUUUUGUUUUUUUAAUGAUAAGACCUGCUGAAGGAUUUGACCUCUUAAGUAAUUUGGUCAUCGCUGUCAUUAUCCAUUGUAAAUAAU